GCAUCGUAGCAGGCGCAUUGGUAGAGUCGAUAAGAUUAAGUCGCAUAUUUUCAUACUCUUUCGUGCGUUUAACGAUACAACUUAUCGCAGUGAAUCUGUUGGAAAUCGCGCCUGUUUGGGUGGGUGAGUUUGCACGUGGUAAAUGGUAGUAUGUACGCGCGUCACAACGUUGGGCCACGUAUUUUCCGUCCGGUAUAGUGGUGCAACUUGAUCGAACGUAAGCGACAGAGGCACAAAGAUCGAGAGGAAGGAGAAGCAACACUGAAAAGGCGACACACACGAAAAAGAAGCGAUCAAGUGAACGGAACACAAAGAUCGGGGACAAGAUACGAAAUUGCGAGAGCAGCCGAAGACUGUACAACGAAGAAGGAAAGAGACCGAGGAAGAAGGCGGAGAAGGACAGCGAUAGAAAUCUCAUUUCGACGAGUAACUAGCCACAAGCAAGAUGAGCUGCUGCACGAGUGCUCCGAUUGUAACCCAAACCUGUGAGACUCUUCUGAGCAAGUGCGAAGUGCCGAUCAUCGACCUCGCUCACAUGGGCACUGAGAGAUGUCCUCAGAAGGGUGUCGUGAAGCAAGUCGCUUCAAAGCUGCUAAGGGCGCUGUCCGAGAAAGGACUGGCCUUGCUCGUCAACCACGGCAUUCCGGAAUGCAAGAUGAAGGCCGCUUACAGAGCUUUCGAUGCAUUCUGCGAACUUCCAGAAGAAGUACGUAACAAAUAUCAACGCACUCCGUCAGACAAUUAUGGAUACGUGAAACCAGGACCCUCAAAAUAUACUGACGAGAAAGAAGUUCGUCAUGUUUUCAAUGUGACUGGAUGCGCAGGAACUCUUCCAGAUGAAGAAGUGCCUGGUUUCAGAUCGGCAGUCGAUGAACUUGCGCGCGAUUUUAAACAACUAUCUGCUAUGCUUUUAACCGCUCUGGCCGUGGGCCUAGAGCAAUCCCCCGAUUUCCUGCUCUCGAAGCAUUCACGUAUGCUGGGACCUGGUAACGAGUCAACCCUUCGUCUUCUUUACUAUCCUCCUCUUGGUGCACCAGCACCAGGAUUGGCUCGUUGUGGCGCUCAUUGUGAUUAUGGAACUUUUACAUUAUUGGCACAGGAUUGCGAAGGUGGUCUAGAGAUACAAACACCAUAUGGAGAACGAUGGGGUAGAGUAGGCCAUCUUCCAGGUGCUAUUUUAGUGAACACUGGUGACAUAUUAGCGAACUGGACAAACAAUCAAUUACCAGCAUUGAGACAUCGAGUGGUUGUACCCGAACUCUGUGGUCGGGGUCGUCAUUCCAUUGCAUUUUUUGUACAUCCAGAUACUAAUAUUCCGAUUGAGCCAUUAGAUACAAAAAUUGCAAAAACUAAUCAAGAAUCAGCACCAUGUCGUUUACAGAAAAAAAAACGUGGCGUUUUAACAGCGUAUCAGCAUAUUCAACGCCGUCUUCGAGAAACUUAUGCUUCUUAACGUUGUUAACGCAAUUGCAUCUCUGUAUUUCUAGAUAAGAAUACUUUAGUACGACUACCGUUGAAAUUUACGCUGAAAAAGACUAAAUUUUUAAUAUCAAAAUAACAUGAUAAAUUUUUAC